AUGUCGUUGGUAGAUUACGCGGCCUCUUCCGACGAGGGCGAGCCAAAUAUCCCAUCUGACGACGACGAAGAAGAAGAAAAGCAACAGAAGGAACAAGUAGAAGAAAGCCCCGGAAAACGACGUCGUUUUGGGGGCAGUUCAUCUCCAAAUCCUCCCAAGGGCGACGCCAGGAUGCCUAAGAAUUUACAGCCACAACCAAGUCGACAAGUGGAAGCAGUUUCUGAGCUGAAACUUCCUGAUGCUUCAUUUCUCCUGAAUUCACCCACCGUGUCAUCUAAUCUACUGAUGGCAUCAGACCACUCAUCACGGGUUGCAGCUGCAAUGGCAGAAAAUGCCACUCGGAAGAGAGAGUCAAACAUUUCACCUGCUACUUACCCUCGCCGUAAAGUUCCUAGAGGGAACUUGCCUCAUUCAAAGAAUGUUCCGGAUACCAUUGAUGGCCGUCUACUCCCACCUCAGUUGGCUGGAAGAAGCAAUAUUGUCACGGAGGACAUCAGCAAGCUCUUUGUGAGGAGAAGCUCCAAAUCAUCCGACGAAGGGCCAGUCACUCACUGAUAAAAUUCUUCGCCUGCCCACUCGUCUGUUCCAAGUUACUCGGCCUGUGGUCAUUGAUCAGAAUUACGAUCUAAUGUAGCUAAAUGUAUUCUGUUUCCUGAGGAUCUGUUACAAGAAAAUGAACAAGCACCACACCAGGCCCUGUUUUUAAACCGUUGCCAAAUUCAGCUCUGAUUUUUCUCUUGA